AUGGAGGCGCAGGAGUCGGGUGAGAUGAUGGCCAGCUUGGAUGAGGCCAUGUUCGCACUAGAUGGUCUGAAGCUGCGGCAGCCAAUCAGGGUGCAGAGGUCAGCUGCCACGUCACUGGCGUCCAUCUGCUCGGCUGUGGACCGCCGUCGCCUGCUGCGCUCGCAGGGGCUAAUAAAGCAGAUCAUGGAUGCUCUUCUGCUUCUCCCAAUAACGGAUCAUCCUCUUGCGCUGGCCGCUGCCUCUAUUUUUUUCUUCGUCUCCUCUGAUGACGUGGAAAGCGACUUCCCAGACCCGUCCCAUGCGCUCAGCUUCCUUCUAGCCCUCUUGAAACACCACAGCGCCCCCGCCCCUCCACCUGCCGGCCCAGGCUCUCGUCCCGCACCUGCAUCUGCAUCUGCUGCCACUCGCGACCCAUCUCCUCCUGCCAGGGCAAGAUUCAGCUGGCGAGAAUGCCCUGUCAAGGGGGGGGAGAGGCGGGAGGCGGAAGCUGCAGCAGCAGCAGAGUGUAAGGUCAGGAAGCUGUUUCCGAGAGGGUUUGGGGGAGUGCUGUGGGAUGGGGAGGAGGAGGAAGGGGAGGGGGAGGGGCAGCGGGAGGAGGAAGGGGGAAGAGGCCGUGGUGGUGGUACUGGUGGUGCUGGUGCUGCUGGUGGUACCGGCGAUGGUGAUGGUGGUGGUGGUGGUGGGUCGUCGGAUGUGACUGUUGUGGCGCUGGUGUUGGCCACGCUGAAGCGGAUUUGCUCUUCUGUUAUCGCCCUCCAAGCACCAGACAGCACCCUGCCGCCCUUCUCCACCGGUGGGCCCGGGCGGCAUCAGCUCAUGCGAGUGGGGCUCAAGGACGAAAUGCGCCGCCUGGGAGGGCUGCAACUGGUGGCGGCCGUGGCUGCCAGGCACAUGCUGCAGCUGGCACGCUCUACACUCCAGCCAUGUGCAGGUGGCGUGGGAGAGGAAGCAGAGAGGGAAGCAGCAGCAGGAGAUGUCAAAAGGCGGAAGCUGGGGAACAAGGAGCAUGCACUCGGACUCAAGAAGAAGCACCACUUGCAGCAGCACCACAAGCGGAUGGGUGGCUCUGAAGCAGCAGUAGCAGCAUCAGCAGCCAAUGAGGGACUGACAUUUGGCGGAAGAAUCUCCGCCAGUGCUGAUGUGGCGACGAGCUGUUUGGGCGUGUUGGAGCAUGUGACGUUCAUGAGCCGCGAUAACCAGGACUAUCUCAUCCACCUCUCCUUGCCCACUGACACUCUACCUGGAGCAAAGCGAAGAAAGUUGUCCGGCUGCCGCACCGCCUCUGCCGCUGCCGUGCCCCUCGUGGCCACAGUGGCCUCGAGUGGGGUUCUAGGGGAAGGGAGGGGAGUCAGCAGCAGUGAGCGGCCAUUUCUUGCUCUCCUGUUGGAGUGCCUGGAACGCCUUGCAGGUGGUGGGGCCGUUCAUGGCUCAAGGGGCAAGGAGAGCGCUAGCUCUUCAGGAACAGAUUCCGAGGGGGAUGAGGGUAGAGCAGUGGGAGGGACAGUGGGGGCCAGGGGUGGGGGAAAGGUUAUUCUGGGCGAUGCUGUGCCUCUGGACUUGGGGCGAGAGGAGGGGAGUGAGGAGGGCGAAGAGGGGAGUGGGGAGGACGAGAAGGGAAGUGGGCGAAAUAGGAGGAAGAGAGUGUGUGGGGUGGCUGCAAAGGGGAAGUCUGGUGGGGGGAGGAGAGGGGUCCAGGCAGGUGGCAAGGAGAGGGCAUCCGCAGACCCGUUUUCCUUUGACCCAUGGGAGGAGGAGGGUACAGGGAGGGUUUCAGGGAAGAUUGCAGGGAGGGUUGCAGUUAGUGCUGCAGGGAGGGCAGGUGCAGGGAAGAGCAGCAGCGUUGAUAAGGGGCAGCAGGGAAAGGCGUCUUACACUUCGGGCGCAAGGCGUAGUGCUGUGAAGGAUGUUGUGCAAGAGCAAGAGCAGGGCGUAAUGCUGGGAGAGGCAGUGGAGGGGGAUUCUGAUGAGGAGGGAUGGCGAUAUUGCAAGAAUGGUGCUCAUCUCAUGGAGGUCAGGCAUGGUGCUGUGGUGCUGGGGAAAGAUGUGUCGGCAACAGAAGAGGACCAGGAGAAGGAGGGGGAAGGGGAGGAGGAUGGGGAAGAGGGAGGGUUGGGAAUCUGCAAGGAUCGCUGUGGUGCAGUAGGGACUCGCUGUGGUGCUGUCGGGACUCGCUGUGGUGCUGUCGGUAGAGGAGGAGCAAUUGUAUUGGGCGAGGCGGUAGGGGAGGAGCAGGAGGGCUCUGAUGAGGGGGGGUGGGAGGAAUCUGGGUUGAGUGGCAGGGGAAGGCACGGUCGAGCGAGUGGUGCGAUUGGGGGCGGUUCAGGGGUGAGAGAGGGCGGUGAUGGACGGCUGGGGAGGAGUGUGGGAGUGUUGAAGGAUCCAUAUGAGUUUCUCAUGGACUCACAAGUGGAGGAGGAGCUAUUAGUGUGGGAGGGUGCAGUUGUUGGGGGGGGGAUUGGGGGGGGAUGGGGGGAGGGGAGGGGUGUGGGAAGGGGCGGGGUGGUGUCUGGAGCAUGUGGGUUGGACGAUGGAGUGCAGGGGAGGGGGAAAGGGGCAAUUAAUGGGGGAGGGGAUGACAGGGGGGAGUGUGAUAAAGCUGAAAGGACUUGUGAGGGACGGGAAAGGGAGGGUGCAGGGAGCGGGGAAGGUGGGCACUGGAAGGAGAUGGUGACGUUGCUGGUGGUGCUGCUGGGCCUGAUAGUCAACCUGGUGGAAGCUGAUGGUGACGCCAGGGUGCUGAGAAUGCUGGGUGCAGUAGCGGAGAUGGGCGUGAAGCCCCUAUAUGUGUAUGCACUCAUGCUGGUGGUGCUUCUGGGUUUGAUGGUCAACCUCGUGGAAGCUGAUAGUGACGCCAGAUCCCUACUGGCAGCAGCCACUUGCACGAGGCGAAAGCAGGGCCAGCUGCACUCCAAGCAGCACAGAGCCAGAGACUACAGCAAAUACAGCACCCAGCAGCACAAGGCCCAUGGAGACAGCAUGCAGCAGCACAGUGCCACCAGCAGUGGGAGCCGUGGGCAAGAGCAGGCAGGGAGGGCAGAGGAGAGCGUGUCGAUGGUGUCCCUCCUGUGCGCCAUCUUUGCAUCUCGCCAAAAAAGCUCCGAGCAGCAAAAGAAGCAGCAGCUGCAGCAGCAGCAGCAGCAGCAGCAGCAGCAGCAGCAGCAGCAGCAGCAGCAGCAGCAGCAGCAGCAGCAGCAGCAAAAGGAGAGGCAGGAUUUCGCUGCCAAAUGUCAGAUUUCGGAGCGCUCCAGCCACGAGGAAAGGAGCACGGCGGUGGUGAGAGGGAGUGAGGGUGCAGAAGAGAUGGGAAUGGCGGAGCAGAGGCGACUGGCGGAGCGGGAGGUGGAGGAGCUGCAGAUGAGCGUGCUGGGGGCAGGGCGAGAUGGUGCUGCAGGGGGAAACGAUGGGGAGGUGUGGGGACUGGAAAGGAGGAGAUGGGGAAGCCAUGGGGGAGGAGAUGGGGUCGGGCGAGAUGGUGAUGUCGAUGAUGGUGGAGGGGGCAGUGGAGGCGGAGCAGCUGAUCAUGGAGUCACAUGCUGCUCUGCUGCUCGGAUUGCUGGCGCAGCACAGAUGAGCAAGGCCCGGGCAGGUGAGCAAGGCCCCGGGCAGGUGAGCAAGGCCCGGGCAGGUGAGCAAGGCCCGGGCAGCGAGGCUGUCUGUCACUCCAUCUGCCGCCAGCUGCCAGGCUCCUCCCUCCACCCCGCUGGCUCCUGUUCUGCGGCAAUUCAUGCAGGAUCGACAAGAAUGAGUGGGUGGGUGGCAGCAAUCAAGAUGGAAGGAGCAGCAGGACAGGGGAAGCAGCCGACUGGGUCCGUGUCCAGGCGGGUCGAGGGAGGGGAGGCCAGAGAGGCAGAAGCGGGGGCGGUCGAGGGCGGACUGGGGGUUGAGGGAGAGCAGGGCGAGGCUGGUUACCACCUGUAG